AUGGAGAAUACCGAUGCUGUUCCUCAUUCCCCUCGGCUGGAGUUCCCCAAUGUCCCCCGAUAUGACUGCGUUUCGGAUUACAUCCAGUCGAAAGCCUUCAUGGCUAUGGACAAAAUCUAUCCGGAAUUCGAUGUGGUUCGUAUGGACGAUCCGAAGAACUCCUUGGCCCUGGCCGAAGUGAAGCUGCACUUCACCGAGAGGCAGCUGGCCGACAGGAGGCGGUACAUGAUCGCGUUGCGGAAGGAAUUAGACGAGAAGUGGAAGGAAUUGGAGACCAAGGAGCACGAGCUGAGGACGAAUUUCCAAAAUUUCGAUUUGUUUAUCAAAGAGAACAACGAUAAGAGGGAAAGAGCCGAGAAGAAGAUCAAAGAGGACAGUGUACUGUUGGGGCAGAGGAAGCAGGAAAUCGAAAAGUGCAAUCAGUUUUAUUUGGAAAUUAGAGAAGUGAAGAACCAAAUGGAUCAAAAAAUUAAAAGAAACCACGAAUACGAAAAUUAUUUGAGCAAAGUAGUGGAGGCCUCCAAAGAAUUCGCCACCAUCCAAGAUUUGAUCAAUCGUUAUCUGAGUUUACUGGGAGCCAAAAACUACCUGGGACUUCUGCAGGAAAACAACCUGAGGGCGCUCGAAAACGCCAAGAGCGAUAUGACUAAACUGGUGGAAGAGAAAAACUUCAUUCUAAUGGGGCUCAACAACAAAAUCGCCGCUCUCCAAGCUCGAUUCGAAAACGCCAAAAUCAAGUCGUUGGAAUGCGAGCAUUUGGUGCUCCAAAUCAAAAACUACGCGGUGAUCCAUUUGAACGAAAUAGAGGAGGUGAAGUUCUCCAUUUGGAACAUGUACUGCCACAUGUCGGCCUCGAAGCAGGAGCCGCUCUCCAUCGCCAGGGAGGACAUCGAGGAGCAAAUGUUGUACAUCAAAAGAACCCUGACCGAAGUGCUGAAAGUCAACCAGCUCCUGCGGAAAGGCGUCAAGACGAGCGCCGAUUCGAAGAAGGAUAAAUCCAACUGA